AUGGGGCGGAUGAUGAUGGGGACAAGGCGAGCACAACGACGACGGGGCGAAGACGACAGGGCUGACGAUGAUGGGGACAGGGCGAGCACGAAGACAACAGGGCGAGCACGAAGACAACAGGGCGAGCACGAAGACAACAGGGUGAGCAUGACGCUGACGACGACAACGGCGGGGCAUGACGGCGAGGGCACCCUUCACCUCCGCCCUCGCCCCUUGUUCACUCCUUCCAUCCUCUGCCUCACCCUCUCGCCCUCUGCCCCGCCUCCUCGCCCCUCGUCUGCCCCUCGUCUGCCCUCGCCCUCUGCCCUGCCCUUUCGCCCUUUGCCCCACCCCUUGACCUUUGCCUCCACCCCUCGCCCUUUGCCUGCCCCUCGCCUUUGCCCUCGCCCUCUGCCCCCGCGCCCUGCCUCCUGCUCAGCACCCACUACCAGCAGCUCAAGCAGAAGGGAGAGCAUGAGGAGGGGAGAGCACGAGCACCCGAAGAGGAUCAACAGGCAAUGA